GUGGUGCGCACGCUGGCCACGCACAGCAGCCCCUUCAACGACAGGCCGAUGUGCAGGAGCUGCCAGGAGGGCAGCAGCCAGGAGGACCUGCUUUCUCCAUGCGAAUGUACGGGGACCCUGGGGACGAUUCACCGCAGCUGCCUGGAGCACUGGCUGUCCUCCUCCAACACCAGCUACUGUGAACUCUGCCACUUCAGGUUUGCAGUGGAGCGCAAGCCCAGGCCCUUGGUAGAGUGGCUGAGGAACCCGGGCCCGCAGCACGAGAAGCGGACCCUCUUUGGAGACAUGGUGUGCUUCUUGUUCAUAACGCCGCUGGCGACCAUCUCGGGCUGGCUGUGCCUGCGGGGAGCAGUGGACCACCUGCACUUUAGUAGUAGGCUGGAAGCCGUCGGCCUCAUUGCACUCACUGUCGCACUCUUCACUAUUUACCUCUUUUGGACCCUCGUAAGUAUGGCUUUUCUUUUUAGCUCUCUGGAAUGAGG